GGCUAAGGAUUGAUGUUUAGGAUAGUAAAUUAGCAAGUUAAUUUGGUUUUAUAAAUUUCUUAAUUGCCAGAAGAAAAAAAUUAGGAAUAUUUCUAUUAAAAUUGGUUCUGUGGAGCUAUUAGAGCUUGCGUAUUAGGUGUUUGUGAAAAUUCCCCAUCGAGUUAGAAACAAGGAUAUGAUGCAAAUCUGAACGUGGUGUGUGUUGAUCGAAGAAGGAAGUUCAAUUCAUCAAGGAUCAAGUUUUGGAGUAGCAGACGCCACGCCACCUUCGUUUCGAGAAAAUAUGUUUGAGGAGCAGAACCAGUAAUAACUUUCAGAGCCACUUUUAAUUGCUGCCUCAGCUCCUUUAAUUCAUUGACGCAAGUAACUGGUAGUUACUCCCCUUCGGAUUUUGGUGGAACAUAAUGCCUCGAUACAAAGAUGAACCUCCAGCGGUUCGCGUUUACACAGUUUGUGACGAAUCAAGGUAUUUGAUUGUGAGGAACGUUCCAUCUUUGGGUUGCGGCGAUGAUCUGUUGAAAUUGUUUGCAUCCUACGGAGAAGUAGAGGAGUGUAAACCAAUGGAUGAAGCAGAUUGUGAUCAAUUCACCGACGUUUAUUGGAUAAAAUUUCGUCUGGUCACCAAUGCCAGGUUUGCAAAGAGAAAAUUGGAUGAGUAUGCUUUCCUCGGGAAUCGACUUAAUGUAUCAUAUGCUCCUGAAUUUGAGACCCUUUCUGAUACAAAGGAUAAGCUGGAAAGCAGGACAAGAGAAGUUCUAGGACGAUUGAACCCCAGAAGAUCUAAGGGGUCUACAGUCAAUAAGUCUGGUGCUUUGACUGACCCUUCUUUGCGUGCAAUUCCCACUCAGAUUGAUUGCUUUCCCCAGCAUGUAAACUCAAGUCAAAGGGACUCUGGAGAAUCACAACUUGCUUCACACGUUACUAACCCUCCUCUUUCAAGAGUUUCAUCUGACCAGGAGUAUUUUCCUUCCCAAUCUAUGAAUCAGACUGUCAAGAUGGUGAGGGAGAAGCUCAAUAAGGUUCAGUCAAGUAGUGAGCAUCUGCAAGAUGAGCGUGCAUCCAAGAAAACACGGGUGGACAAUCGAAGGAGAAUUUAAUUAUGUUUUUUUCUUUCAGAGGAGCAACCCUAGAGGAUCGAGAAAUUGUCCUCUCGGUCUCGUUUGGCUUUCAUCAAAUUGUGCAAAUCAGAUCGCAAGAAUUUUGUAGGACGGUCCCAAAACUGAUUGAUACUGGUGUGGUACGACCUUCUACUCAAAGUGCGCCAUACAUUUGUAAGACAGACCUACAAGUUUACUUGCCAUGUAAACUACGUUGAGUAGCAAUUUUAAUAGAUAAUAGUGUAAAUGCUA